AUGACCACGGCGGCUCUGCAAGCUUCGACGGCUCCGAUCAGCCUGCCUCCGAUCAGCAGCAUCGAUUUCCACACUCAAGUUGCACACAGGCCGGAACCAGAAGUUGUGCAACCUCUACCACCCCCGCCGCCAGCGCCGCAACGUGUCCUGCCACCGCUGCCGUAUCCCUACUCUGUUCGACCAGCCCCAGCCCCAGUGCCGCCGCCACCUGUGCCUCACGAGUACAUGCAAUCACGGCCAAUCUACCCGGGAAUACCUUCGCCAUACCAGCAAAUGCCGGGACGAAUGCCUCUUCCCUCGACGACGGAUCCGAAUCUGAUCGUUGCGACUCCUCGACACAAAGCCAAGGAGGUGAAGAGACGGACCAAGACAGGAUGUCUGACAUGCCGAAAGAGGCGCAUCAAGUGCGAUGAAGGUCGACCAGACUGCAGAAAUUGCAUGAAGAGCAAGCGCAGUUGUCAAGGCUACGACCCGGUCUUCCAGCCGCAAGGUCCUCAUUCUCUGCACCCUGCGCCGUCGGCCCCAAGCAACAACAUCAGCAACAAUCCUCCACCAUCCUCCUCGGUCAACAAUCAGGUCCCGAGGUUUACCAACACUUCCAUUAGCCCCCCGGGGUCCAAUCACCAUUCCUCCAUUGUCUCCAACUCACCUCGAGAUCACUCAGAAUACCCGUUCCCACGACCACCAGAACAGGUCUUGCCUCACAUUAAUCAGCCAUAUCAUAUGGACGGAGCGCAUCAGCCUGGUCUAGCUCCAUAUCCACCACCGGGACGAAGUGAGUGGAGUUGA